CAGUGCAGCACCUUAACCAAGGCCCUGGCCCCCUCCUGGUUCUGCCAGCAGGCUGCGGGGUCACGCCCUGAUGCUGGGGGGGAAAGAUCUGAGCUCAGUUUCUUCCAUUCAGCCCAUCACAGUGGCAUCUCUUGGAGUCAAAGGGCACAACCCCUACUCCCAAAGCAAGGGCACUCCAGGACCACAGUUUACACAUAGCCCUGUUUUUCUAGUUGGGGUCCCCUGACAUGACACCCCCUCUCCAAACCUGCUGCUUGUGGACACCUGACCCAAACAAGGCAGGAUUUUCUGACACUCCCCCACCUUCCCCAUCAGAUGUUUCGAAUUUUGUCACUGGAAAUCAGCAUGUAGAGCGGAAGGAAGUGCUCUCGCCCUGCAGAUGCUUCUGCACUUCUCUCCCCCUCCCACGUCCGUGGGAAAAGCGGGUGAUAGAAAUCUGCGUAAUCAUUUCCCCCAAACUCUGUUUCCGGCCCCUCAAGCCUGCUCUUUCCCCCUCCGCCUGUGCCUGGACACUGCACGACGGGCUGGCGAGCCUGCCCAGCCAGGUUUCUCCCUUUGCCAUCAUGUCCCGCGCCCUCUAACUCCCCAGAUCCCCGGGCAUCCAUCACGCUCCAGAUCCCGACAUGGCCAGGACCCCAGGUGCCUUCCCGCUGCUGCUGUUUUUGCUCGGGCUGCCUCUCAAAGGGCCAGCCCCCACCCUGGGGUACAACAUUGACACCGUCCACCCAGAGGUGCUAGCCCCCAAGGCCAGUAGGACUUUCGGGUACCAGGUGCUGCAGUUCAAAGAUGCAAGCAUCAUUGUGGGAGCACCAGGUGACCAGAACUCCACAGGGCAGUUGUACCAGUGUGCUGUGAAGAAAGGCUCCUGCCAGAUCAUCCCAUUGCCGGCGAGUGCUCAAAUGGCGCAUCUCGGCAUGGCACUGGCGAGCAGUGGCACAGAUGCCCAGCUGAUUGCCUGCGGCUCUGGGUUGAACCGAACAUGUGAUGGAAACCAGUACCUGAGUGGGAUCUGCUACCUAUUCAAGGAACACCUGGAACAGCCCAAGGAGAUGACGCCAGGAUUUGAAAAAUGUCUAAAGGGGAAUGUGGAUCUGGUGUUUCUCUUCGAUGGAUCAGGCAGCAUGAACACUGACCAGUUCAGUGCCAUCAAGGACUUCAUGGUCGAGGUGAUGGAGAAGCUGGGAAACUCCACAAUACAUUUUGCCGCAGUGCAGUUUUCCCUGGAGGUGAAGACAGAAUUUGACUUUAACGACUACAAACAAAACCGAAAUCCCCGGGUACUCCUGAAGAACGUGACGCACAUGAAAAGCCUGACAAACACCUUCAAAGCCAUCAACUAUGUUGCAGAAAAGGUUUUCAUCCCAGAGUGUGGCGCCCGGGAAGAUGUGACGCGCGUGAUGAUCAUUAUCACGGAUGGAGACCCCAGUGACAGAGGGAAUGUGACCGCUGCCAAAAAGAAGAAAAUUGUUCGGUACAUCAUUGGGAUUGGCAAUAACUUUCACCGGAACGAGUCCCAGGCUUUCUUGACACAGUUCGCCUCAGAGCCCACAAGCCAGUUUGUCAAGGUGCUGGACAACUUCGAAAAGCUCAAAGGCCUCUUCAGUGAGCUGCAGGCCAAGAUCUACGCCAUCGAAGGUACCAGCAGCCGCAGCUCCUUCCACCUGGAGCUCUCAUCCAGCGGAUUCAGUGUGGACCUGGCCAAAAAACGGGUGGUGCUGGGGGCCGUGGGGGCAGAUGAUUGGGCGGGGGGCCUGAUUGAGCUGCGGAGCAACCUGGCGCUGGAGACCUUCAUCGGGAGCCCCUCAGCCAGUGAGCAGAUAAAGGACGCCUACCUGGGCUACGCGGUGAAAUCCAUGCAGCACCAGAACAGAACACUCUACGCCGCGGGAGCCCCCCGCUAUCAGCACGUUGGGAUGGUCAUCGUGUUUGAAAUCGACCCCGGCACCUCCAACUGGACAGAUACUCAGCACAUCAUGGGCAACCAAAUUGGCUCCUAUUUUGGGUCAGUUCUGUGCUCGGUGGAUGUGGACGGGGAUGGGGACACGGACGUGCUCCUAGUGGGGGCCCCCCUGUUCUAUGAGGAGAGGAGUGGGGGCAGGGUCCACAUCUAUCGCUGGGACCAGGCCGGGCUCACCAGCGCUGCUGUGCUCCAGGGAGCCACGGGGAACCCCCUGGGCCGCUUCGGCGCAGCUGUCACGGCACUGGCUGACCUGAACGGGGACAGCUGGGCUGAUGUAGCCGUGGGGGCACCGCUGGAGAGCGAGGAGCGGGGCGCUGUCUAUAUAUACAACGGCCACCACAGGGAGAUCAAUACACACUACAGCCAGAGAAUUGAGGGCGCAACACUCUCUUCUGGUGUGAAAUACUUUGGCCAAUCCAUUCAUGGACAGAUGGACCUCAGUGGGGACGGGCUAUCAGACCUCACCGUUGGGGCUCUAGGAAAGGUGAUCAUGCUGAGCUCCCGGCCCAUCCUGAUGGUGGUCCCCACGAUGUCGUUCUUGCCAAAGGAAAUCCCGGUAAAGCAGGUGGAGUGUUCAGGGAGCGUUUCCUCCCGGCAUGGUGUUCAGAGUGAGCUCAAAGUCUGCUUCAAAGCCAGCCAGCGCUACCAAGAGCCUCUCUCUGCCAACCUCACCUACUGGCUGGAGAUUGAUGCCAAUCGUGUGAGGAGCCGAGGAGUGUUUGGGAACGGGCAGAGGAACACGUCUGGGACCAUGGAGAUCUCAGAGGGGGAGCACUGCAAAACAGAGAUGAUCCAGAUAUCAAGCUGCAUUGAGGAUUACGUCACGGCAGUCAAGAUCUCACUGCACUUUGCCCUCCAAGAGGACGGUGGCCCCAGCAGGACCCCGCACCCGGUGCUGAACCCCUUGUACAACUCGUCAGCGACAGAGAUCCCCUUCGAGAAGAACUGUGGGGAGGAUGGGGUGUGCGACGCCAACCUGCAAAUCCGCUUCCACCAGAAUAUGUCGCAGCAGCUGUUGGUCUCACCCUCCACCCAGCUGCGGGUGGUGGUGGAGCUCACCAAUUGCGGGGAAGACGCUUACCACACAACUGUCCACCUGCCCCAACUGCUAGGACUGUCCUUCCGCAAGGCCUCGGUGCUGGAGUCCAGUCUCCAGGCCAGCGUGAGCUGCAAUGGCCUGGAGACUCCAGACACUAACUUCAGGAACCUCUCGUGUAACGUCAGUCACCCGAUCUACUGGGAGAACAGCCGGCUUCUGCUCCAGCUGCUGUUUGACAUUCUCACCAACAGCUCCUGGGGCGACUGGCUGGAGCUGGACGUCAUGGCCAGCAGUGACAAUGAGAAGAAGGGGACCCUUGCGGAUAACAGAGACUUGCUGUGGAUCCCCAUCCUAUACCCCAUAAACAUCAUCACCAAGGGAGCGGACAGGUCCACCCAGUACGUCAGCUUCAGCUCCCUGAACCCAGAGGUCAAGACGGUGCAGCAUGUGUACCAGGUGGAGAACCUUCUGCCAGGGACUUUCGAACAGCCAGAGGUGACGGUGUUUGUGAGGGUGCCACAGGAGCUCCCGGCCGGGCUCGCCUGGGAGCUGCCAGGCGUGCAGACGGACCCCAAUGUGACCUGCAAUCAUGUUGCCAUGGACGGGAAAACGAAAGAGACAGACGCCACCAGCGUCUCCUUCCACACUCCCAAGCACUGCUCACCCGGAGACUGGCAAAUCUACAAGUGCAACCUGGGCCGGAUAGAUGCUCCCUUCGUCAUCACCAUCGUCGGGCAGUUGUCGGUUACCGGCAAAAUUGAGACUUCCUCCCGGUCCCGGUUCUGCACUGACCUGUGGUUCAGCUUCAACACCAGCAAAUAUGUGAGCCAGUAUAGCGACGAAUUCACACAAUCCCAGGUCACCACGGAGGUGGAGCUGUUGCACGUGAUGAAUUACUUCUACGUAUACAUAGGCAGCGGGGUAGGGGGGCUGCUUCUACUGAUCCUGAUCAUCGUCGUCCUGUACAAGUGUGGUUUCUUCAAGCGUAAUUACAAGGACAUGAUGGACCAUGAGCCAGCGGCUGGGAAUGGGGUGGCACCUGCAGAGGUCAGCAAUGAGGGAAAGGCAGAUGAAGAUUGUAAGGAGGCACUCACCACAGAUGCUCCCAGUGAAUGACCAGACCCUCCCACCCCCUGGACCAUGAAUCCAAGACCUCCUUCUCUUCCCUCCAUCCCCACCCGCCCCUAGGACUGACUCAUGCUCAGCCGGGGCCCUGCAAUUGCCAGCGUCCCCCAGUGGCCCAAAGGAGGAUCACAGCAGCUGUGACUUUGCAGACCCAUGUCUAUCCCUGUCCUCGUGGCGGGGGUGGCUCCAUCCUGCUCCUGGUGGAACGGGUGUCCCCAGGACCUGAACCCCCCUCGCUGGCAGCACAGAGACGGGGGGCAGGGCGGGCCAUGGUCCACUCUUCCCCAGGCUAAGGCAAGGCACGGGGGCAAGGUGUGUUGGGAAGCUCCCCCUGAGCUCAGGGAAGGACAUAAUUUCUCCAGGCCUCCCGGCCAGCGCCUCUCCUCACCAGCUGCCCCAUUCACCUCAGUGACGAACAAAGGAAAAAAAUCCCCGUGAGAUGUGAACAGUGUCUGCAGUCAGGCGACCAGCAGGUCCCAGGACUAGCGCCACACUCACCGAGGGCCAGUGCUUCUGGGCAGCCAGACGUGGCAUGUAAGAAAGCAUUUGUGGAGCCACAUCAACUUCAACAGGUGACUGGGAACAUGGCUUUAAUAAUGACUGUCGACUAUUAAUCUAGGCCCAGCCCCACACUAGUGAACUCUCCGUUCCUGGAGCCAACUAGAAUGCUCAUCUAUUUAUCACCUCGCACACUUACUGAUGUAUCUGUCUUCUGUGACACUGUAUGCUGAUGCUUCCAUCGCCCGGUGCAAUUUCGCUUUCCCUGUUACUUGCUUGAAGUUGCUCUUGCUCUUAGAGACGCAGAGGCUUCUGAGUAGAGAGGUGAUUUUACCUCUGUAUUCGGCACUGGGGCGACCACAGCUGGAAUCCUGUGCCCACAAUUCCAGAAGGAUGUUGAUAAAUUGGAGAGGGUUCAAAGAAGAGCCACGAGAAUGAGUAAAGGAUUAGAAAACCUGCCUUACAGUGAGAGACUCCAGGAGCUCAAUCUAUUUAGCUUAACAGAGAGGUUUUAAGGGGUGACUUGAUCACAGUCUAUAAGUGGGAAACAAAUAUUUGUUAGUGGGCUCUUCCAUCUAGCAGAAGAAGGUAUAACAAGUUCCAAAGGCCAGAAGUUGAAGCUAGACAAAUUCAGACUGGAAAUAAGGUGUCAAUUUUUAACAGUGAGAGCAAUUAACCAUUGGCCCAAUUUGCCAAGGGCUGUGAUGGAUUCUCUACCCUGCUAAAUUCUAAACCAAGAUUGGAUUUUUUU